AUGUCCGUCCGUGCUGCCGGCGAGGCAUUGAAAAGUUUGGAGCCCAAGGACACCGUCAACGAGGAGUGCCCGGGGCCGAAGUCUGAAACGGAGCCGAUAGCCCCGCCGAUCUCCCUCAUCCACUGCACACGGGAGCCCUUGGCCCUCGAGUAUGAGGAUCCCGUGCCAGAGGAUGUGCUGGGAAGCCUUGCCUCAACUGCUCCAGAUUGGAGUGAUCUCAGCUUCGUGGACGAGGAUCUGCAGAGCGAGGCAGCUGUCUCGACUGUGCAGGGUCGCAUCUCAAAGCAGAGCAGGCAAUCAAUGUGUUCACGCCAGGAGUUCGGCAACUUGUUGGAUGAGAAGCACCACUUGGAUCGUAUCUGCCCGCCAUUGACAUCCUUCAAGUCGGGGAUCGAACUCGUCACAGGCGUGCUGGUGCUGCUGAACUCCAUAACUUUGAUGGUGGAGCUGGAGGUGGAAGGCAGAGUGGUUGGCACAACACUCGGCCUUGAGAACAGUGAAAGCCUGACCGCUGCCCUUCCUGUCUUCCGCGUGAUCGACGGCAUUUUCGUGGCCUUCUUCACUCUGGAGCUAUUGCUCAGGAUCUACUUGGAGAGGUCGGAUUUCUUGCACGACUACUUGAACUGGUGGGAUGCGGUCCUGGUCUUUGCCGGUUUGGUGGACGUGAUCUUGAGCCUUCUUCAGGCCGAGUCAUGGCUUGACAAUGCCGUGGUCCGUCUCACACGGGGCCUGAAGGCGCUCAGGGCUUUUCGCAUGAUGCGGAGCUUCCGCCUCUUCCGUGGCUUGCGUGUGCUGGUGAAGGCAUGCCAGUGCUUCCUGCCCUCGCUUUUUUGGUCCAUGGUCCUACUUGGAGUCUUGAUGUCCAUGGGAGCAUUGAUGCUGGGACACCUGCUGCAAGACUUCCUCAGCGAUCCACUUCAGGACCUGGAAGACCGACAGUGGAUUUGGACCCGGUAUGGAACAGCACAAAGGGCCAUGUACACCCUGUAUGAGAUCACAUUCAGCGGCUCUUGGCCGAGCAACGCCCGGCCGGUCGUCGAAAAGGUCAGCCAGACCUUCGUGAUCUUCUUCGUGCUUUAUGUUACCCUGAUAGUUUUCGCCGUGAUAAGAGUUAUAAGUGCCGUUUUUCUCAAGGACACACUUGAGGCAGCCCAGAGUGAUGCAGAACAGCUUGUAGUUGAAAGGAUGCACAAAAGAGCUGCUUACAUCGAGCAGCUGGAAGGCGUUUUCCGAGCUAUAGACGUAACUGGCACUGGGAUGAUUGGCGAAGAGCGCUUGUCCGAAAUACUGGUGAAUCCCAGAGUCAAGGCAUACUUUCAGACCAUCGACCUGGACCUGCAUGAGGGAACGGCACUCUUCCACCUCUUGGCCAAUGGAGAGGGAGAGGUAACUCUUGACGAGUUCAUCAGCGGCAUAUUGAGAUGCAAGGGUCCUGCGCGUGCGAUUGAUCAAGUGGCCUUGCAUGCGGACCUGAAGCACAUUGAAGCCAAGUUGGACAAGAUCGCAGCCCACGUAUUAGAUGACCCACAGCAGCCAGAUUCUGCCCGGUGCCUCCGUGCAGAGAGCCUCAAGGCUUUCCGUGUAGAUGCAUCUCUUGAGGUCACGAAGCUAUUCAGUAUCUCAGAUUACCAGAGUGAGUUGAAGGUUGGCUUGGCGGCACCACUGCCGGCCAUUUCCAGAAGCACAGCUUCGCUUCCGAACUCCCCGAUAGGAGGUGGACGAGGCAGCUACCGUCGGUGCUGCUCAUGGUCGAGAUUCAUUGCGACAACUCCCGAAGAGGAGGUUGCUCACAGCCAGCUCUCCAAGUUGGCUUCUAUCAUGUUGGAUGAAGCAAACGAGAGCCAUCGGCAAGCGAUGGAAGAGUACUGGGAGCUCAUGCUCGGAGAUCAGGUUCCCUACGAGGUCCGCUCAAAGAGAUGGAGCGACGAUCUCGGCUUCCAGAGCGCAAAUCCCUGGACCGACUUCCGCGGAGGAGGCCUUCUUUCCCUGCGGUGCCUCCUUUUCCUUGCAGACAAGCACACUUCGCAGGCGCGGAUCCUCAUGGAGGAGGCGAAGUUUCCUUCGCGUGCUUGGUAUCCCUUCUCGGCCGCCGGGAUCACAAUCUGCCAACUUCUUGCCGUCCACCUGAGACUGCAUGCACGUCCGAUGCUAGGUCCAGUGAAAACCCUCCCGGCGGCGCAUCCCCUGGCAAUGAAGCGCUUCCUGAGCGAGCUUGCCAAGAGAGAUCCCGUGGAGGUCUUUGCCAGCUAUUGGAUGGCGGCGCUUUGCAAGCUCCACAAGGAGUGGCGAGAGCUUUGCGACCGGGAUCCCAAAGCCAACAUCUCCAUGUCCUUCAACCGCGUCUACGAGUAUGUGGGUGUCGCCGUCGAGAGCGCCCUAGCCACCAAGCACUCUGACCGCCUGCGGGUCCUCAAAGAGGUGAACGCCAGGUCGAGAGUGCUCGUCGGCAUGGUGCGGUUGGAGCACCUUUUCCUUUGUCUUGGCUACAAGCUGAAGAGUGGUCGACCUAGCCUGCAGGAGUCCGAGGAGGACUUCUAUGUACAGCCGCCUAGAACCAGGUCAAGUUCCUCCGUGGAAAGCGAUGUCUCGAUGGCAGUGCCCGAACUCAUCGACUCCGCAGAGGUCUAUCGCCUGUACAGGGGUGCUUGCGGCGCCGAGGGGGACAUCCAGGAACGAUGUCGGAUCUGGGUCGAUUUCACGCGGUUGCAGAUUGCAGUUGCCGAGUACAACACCCCCGCAUCCCCUACAAAUUGCAUUUCUCUGCUGGACAUAACUUGGUGUCACUGCGAUGCGCUGGACCAGGACUCCUCCUGGCUCUACCGCAUCGACGUUUUCAGCCGGAGCCCUCCGAAAGGAGGAGCUUCUCCGACACGCCAGACAAGGCCGGAACCCAUGCAAAAGCCUAGAAUUAGCGUUGCAGGGUCCUCGACCACAUUGCAAGAAUUCGGACUCGCGCUACAAAAGCUGCUGAAGUCUCGGGACAACGAAGGUCACGGCCGCCUCUACUUCAUCCAGAAGCGAUUGUUCCAAUAUCUCUGGAGAUCGGUCCAGCUGUCAGUCAGCGAGGAUCGCUUGGUUGAGGCGCAAGCAGUGCUGGCUUUCAACCUCAAUCCAAAGGAAGGCAUUGCAUAUUUAAAGCGAAAGUUGAAAAAGGACACCGAUGACGAGAUCGGUGAGUGGCUCUCCCAGGUAUGCACCGAACGUGGUGGUCUUGAUCCGACCAUGCUAGGAGACUACUUCAGCAGGCGAGAUACACUGCAGAUCUUUUGGAGCUUUGUCAGCCGCAUUGACUUUUCCAAGCAGGAUUUGGUCUCGGCACUUCGACAACUCUUCGACACUUUCAAGCCCGGAGGAGAGGGGCAAGUGAUCACCCGCAUUCUGGAAUAUUUUGCGGAGUCCUACUUUCUGCAAUGGCAGAAGCAAGCCGACUCCGCCAGCAGUUUGACCAACUACAAGUCUUCCGACACUGUCUUUCAGGUGGCCGUCAGCAGCUCGGCAGAUGCGAUUGGCCUCAUUAUGCUGAAUACAGGCCUGCACGUGGCCAGCAAAAAGCUGAAGAAGGCGAAUACAGCAGCGAUGACCUUGGAGGAGUACAUCUCCAACACAAGGCGCCUGGUUUCCGAGGAGGAGGUCCCGAACGAGGCCCUCAGGACCUGGUUCGAGGACAUCAGUUGUACAGAGAUCUCCGUGGAACCCAUGCCCCGCACGCCAUUCUCCAAGCUGCCCGUCCAGCCGAAUAUCGAGGGAUGGCUCAUUGCUGUGAUGGAGGGUGCACGUCGCUUGCGGUUUUGGGCAGUGCUGGUGCUCCAGCGCAUCUAUCUCUUUUCCGAUUCGCAGGGCGAUGUUGAUCCUGAGGAUGUCAUUGACUUGAAGGAUGUUGCAGUUGCAGCACUCGCAGAAGCUUCUCCGCAUCUACGAGAAGUGAAGCUCCCGUCGAGAGAUUGUUGCGCAACUUAUGAGGAGCUGAGCCCCGACCACCCUCAAAUCCUAUCACGCCAGUCUCUUCUCCUUGUCUUAUCAGUGCAUGCCCUCUACCUUCGAUGUGAUGUGCGAGCUGGGUAA